GAAUGUCUGCACCAGUCGUGACCAAGAUUGUCCCUGAGCAAUCAGCUUUUCUGUUAUGCGAUCUGCAGACAAGAUUCAAGCCCGCGAUAUAUCAGUUUGACAAGAUCGUAAUGACCGUAAGCAAGAUGGUCCAGAUUGCGAAGGUUGUUGGCGUCCCCAUGAUCGUUUCAACUCAAAAUGCUAGAGCUCUGGGCGACACUGUGCCCGAAAUUGACCUUCAGGGCAUGGGACCUCUACAUCUCGGCACAUUUGACAAGUCCACGUUUUCCAUGGCGACGCCCGAUGUCAUGUCGACGUUGCAACAACAUAACAUCAAGUCUGUCAUACUCAUGGGCAUAGAGCUACAUAUAUGCAUACUCAUGUCAUGUUUGGACCUUCUCGCCCUCGGGUAUGAAGUGCAUGUCCUCGCAGAUGGCGUCUCCAGCUCGAACAAGGAGGAGAUAUCUAUUGCAUUUGACAGACUCAGGCAAGCGGGCGCGAUCAUUGGCACAAGUGAGAGUGUUGCUUUCCAGCUGCAAGUCGACUCCGCCAAGCCAAACUUUAAGAUAUUUGCGAAGACCAUCAAAGAAGAGAAGGAGAAUACUCGAGAGGUUCUGCAGACACUGCUGCCCGUUAAGGCAGGCUUAUAGACCUGGGUUUUACUGUCUUCCGAGUAGAGAUCUGGAAGAAUUGGCCCGCGUGACUCGGUAUUAUACUACUUCACCUGACCC